AUGUGUGCUAUCAAGACAGAUUUGCGUUUGCUACUGGAGUGUCUGAAAUACCAGAUGACGAGGCCUGACUCACAGAAACAAGCUCUCCUCACCAUCUUCUCCAUCUGCCAACAAAACGAUCAGUAUGUGGAGUUUUUCAGAGAGAUUGGAGGAAUUUCAUUCAUCUAUAACCUGUCAAAGUCUAGCUCUUACUCUGAGGUUAAAGAGACUGCUCUAUUUACACUUGCUUCCAUUGCUGAAUUGCAUGAGAGCUGUAAACAGACCUUGUGUAGCGAGGAAACAUUUCGCGACUUGGUGGAGCAUUUGAAGCAGGAAAUGCCUCUGACACAGAAAAGAGUGGCGGUUUACAUGCUUUCUGUACUGGUUGCCAACAACAGACGUGGGCAGACUAUUGCAAAGACCUCCAGUUGUAUUGAAACCUUGCUUAAUUUGUUCAGGAAUAGUUUUCCAGGGGCAAAUGACUGUUAUGAGCAGCAGCAGUUGUGGGCCACCAUAUCUAGUGCUCUAUGUGGCUCUGUCAACAACCCUCAGAAUGAGGAGAAUCAGAAUGUAUGUAUGCGUGUGUUUCCCCUGGUGAAGACAUGGCUGCAGGAAGUGACUUUACCCAGGGCAGAACUGGCACAGCCAAUAUGCUCAUUUAUUGGCAUGACAGUGGCAAACAAUUGCUGUGCUCAGGAGUAUUUUGUGUCCGUGGGAGGCCUGGAUUCACUCUCAAGCACUCUUACCAGAGUUUUGCCUCAAUCGGCGCACAGUGCUGCUGCCUGUAAGAUGGCCACAGUAAUUAUUAAAACACUGUCUGUCUGCAUCUCCAACAAUGAGUGGUUGAUAUCUUCUCUAUCGAACUUCAGUAUUAUUCCGGGGCUAUUGUGUCUGUUGUCCAGUCCAAACCUCGAUCCACAAGACCAGCUUGCUGUGGUGUUGACAAUUGGACACCUCACGGAUGCCUGUGUAGAGCAUCAGUCUCAGUUGAUGUUGGCGGGAGGUUUGCCUCUGAUGAUCUCUCUGCUGACUGAGGCAAGUGAUGAGGAGGUCAGGAAGGCAGCCAUGUUCGUGCUGCACACAUGCAAAAAAAUCACUGAAUCAUUAGGCCAAGGAGUAACAGUUCAGGAUGAAGUGGAGUCUGAUAUGGAGGGACAAAAACAGUCAGCAAGAGAAAUCCUCCAGAGAAUACAGCAACUAGAAAAAAAGAUUGGCACGAAACAGUGGAGAAGCGAUACAGAAAGCCAGCAGCACAGCAUGCAGAGGUCAGCCUCUUCUGUGGAAUGUAAUGAGGAAUGGUGGGAGUGGGACUCUGUGAUGCAGAAGGUCAAAGGCCAUCAUCGAGUAUGUGAGGAGUUGCACACAACCCCUGCAGGAACUCCAGAUCAACCAACUACAAAUCAAAGACCAUACGACAAAGAGAGCUUGGUGAGCAUCAUCUCUGAAGAGUGUUUGAGUCCCUCUCAAGUCCCUCUCUUCCAAGGCACUAUCCCGGGACAGGGUAAAGAGAGAGAGCAAGAACAAAUGAGAGAGAAUGAGAGGUCAUCAGAGAGGAAGAUUCAAAGUAGCAUUGACCUGGAGACAAGAAGAGAAGGAGAUUCAAAAAAGAGAGACUUGGAGGAGAAGAGGAAAAUGAUGUCUGAAAGGGUGGUAAAGAGAUUGAACAUGAUGGCGUUCAUGAACCAAAACCCAGAAAAUGAAGGCAAUGAACAACAUAAACAUCAGCAUAAAUGCAACACACCAACAGGGGGAAGCGGAGAUAGACAGCGCCCACAUAUUUUCAGACAUCCUGAUCCCAUAAAGAGACGCCGACGCAUACAGACACUCUCAGAUGAUGAGAUUUCUUUGUGUUCUGAGCUGUUGAACAAAGAAAUCAAGAGGUUUUUGAAACCUCUAUCCACCUCUACACCUGGUAACUUGCGAUGUGCAGGUUGCAUGAAUUGUAUUCAUGAGGUGGACAGUCGUUCGUUUGGCACUGCAAUGCGUAGCUGCAGGUAUAAGUGUGACUUUCACCUGGUGCUUCUGGAGGUUGAUGAUCGCUUCAGGGAAAGCCAGCAGUUAGCGAGUGCUAGCCACAGUGUAACACACACUCACAUCAACACACACGGCAAAAGCAGAGAGCACAGCACACGAACCAAUGUGGUGAAAAAGAGGGAAAGCUGCGGAUUAAGUCAUUGCACAGACGAAUUUUUAAGUCUCACACCCCUCAGAAGACCGUGUGAAACAAAGGGAUCAAACAUGGAAAAGAAAACAGUUCACCGAAAUCUCGAGAAUACGUUCAAAGACUGUCUCCCCAAAAAUUCUUCAGGCAGACACAGAGAAAGGAGGAACUGGACUGCGGAUGAGCUUCUCUACCUCAGUGAGGGUGUGAAGCGGUUUGGUCACUCCUGGAACUCCAUCCUCUGGGCAUAUCCCUUCCAGCCUGGAUGCACCAAUAUAGACCUGGCUAAGAAAUACCAACGUAUACAGAAAACUAAAGCUCAAGGGUUGGAUCUGUCUGAUGCAAGAAACCUAUAA